UGUUGGUAGUAGUUGGUGGAAAAAUUAAGUGAACGGCGAAGUUGAUCCACAUGUGAGUGAAUCACUUCAAUAUUUAUUAAAUAAACCGUUUAUUAUCCUCAAACGGGGCAUUUUCUUUAUUAAGCCAAAAGUGAAACAUCGUAAUUAGUUAAAUAAUAAGCUCCGCUUGAAAAUGAUGCAUUUAUAAUCAAACCAAGUUUUCAUUACACAAAUUAUGGAUACUGAUUCGUUGAGCUUCGGAUACGAAGAACAUUUUCCGUCCUAUGAGUCUUCAGAUUUUUUGGAUGGUGAUGAUGAAACCCAGAAUGAGGACGGCUCUCAUUACUGGGAUUGGGAAGCCGAACAAGAGUUGAAUGGUGACAUAGCUUUAAUUCCGAUGUCGAGCGAUCUUAGUACAAAUUAUCUUUCCACCUCUCCUCCGGUGCGCGAGGACAUUCAAAAGAUAAUGACAGAAUGGCAAGAGUUAAUGAACGAAGUUUCAGAAUUGGAGGCAUUUACCACCGAUAUGUCUUUAACCGAUGACAUAAAAGGUGAUAUUAUUCCCACAAGCAAACCGAGUAGUCACAUUUCUCGUUUGCCCGGUAAAAAAAUAGAUACAACUGCGCAAUGCUAUAUUCUAAAUGAUUCGGCGGAUCUCGUCAAAUCUGAGCCGGAAGAGGAAGAUUCCGAAAACGAUUUUAUCGACGUUGACACCGUUCCUGAUCAAACAACUCCUAUUCUGCAAGCCGGAGACUUGAACAGUCUGCUAGAACAGUUCGAGGCGACCGAAUGCUUUCAGCCGGAAACUGUCCUAGAUGAGGUGGUGCCGGAACCUGCGGCGAAGGCGGAGGUCGCCGUCAAGGUUGAACCUGCUACGAAGGUUGAGCCCGAUCUGAAGGUUGAACCUAGCGGCGAUGCUCAAGACGAAAAUAAACAAAUUUUGAAUGCGCUUCCUCGCGAAUUGAUUAUGAAAAUUAACGCAUCUAGCAAGCGCAGAGUUGUUCCGGUAAUUGAUGCCAUACCGAACAAGAAACGAUCUAGAAAAACGCAGGAGGUUACGUCCUCCUCCAGUCCGCCUGAUGUUCCUAAAAUUGUUAAAACAGAAUCGGUAUGCUUGGAUCACGACUACUGCAGUCAACCUACCCCGUACCCGAAGCACCCGCAUAAGGAUUCCGGUUUUGAAUCCGCCGAAGAGGAGGAGCAAAGAAAUAUUUUGAAAAAACAACCCACAGUCAAAGGUGCAGAUGGAAAGUUGAUGGUUUCCCUAUUGAAAAUCAAUACAAUACGUAAUAGCAUAGUUACGGAAAAUACUACAAAACGUAAAUUGAAUUUAGAAGAGUAUAAGAAACGUAGACAAGGUGUGCUUCGAUCACGUAGCAAUUCCUCGGCCACUUCCCCAAAUGGCAGCGGUGCCAACUCGCCUGCUGUCGUCGAAGAUGAAAGCGUCCGUCUGUUAAAGCAUCAACAGAAGUUAAUGCAAAUGGCAGAGGAGGUGUUGAAGACGCCCCCUAAAAGUGCACUUUCACAACCUCCGCCCCCUCCCGCCGUGCCAGAUCCUGUCCCCGAACCAGAACCGGACGUACCCAUGCCGCCUCCCCUUCGUGUUCCCCCUAAAAAUAUCGAAGUUAAAACGGUAGUCAGUAUGGGAGUUAAUACGGAUAUCAGCAUUACUGAUGAGUUAUUGGAUAUCAAACCGAUACUCCAGAAUGCCAACGCAAAAAUUAGCGAUAACUCCUUAAUAAAUUCGGUAAUAAAAAAUAUACAGAAGAAGAAGCUGGAAACAACGUCCAUGUUCACACCUAAAGCCACUACUGCCCCCGAAUCCAAAGAGCAAACGCACGGAGAAGAUAAGACUAUAGUUUACUUGGAUAAAAAUCGAACACCUGCCGAAACGAGAAGCGUCGAGGUGCAAACCGAACCUGAAGUUCAAGAUACAUCGAAACACAAAAGGAGACGAACCAGCAGUAGUGGCAGCGAUAGUUCUGAACAUAGACGCACAUAUAAAAGAAGUAGCUCAAAUGAAUCGCGAUCCUCGUAUCGGUCGGAUUCUAGUUCGUCCUCCAGAUCAAGAUCACGAUCGCCUCGAAGAAUAUUCACUAAGAAACACUACACAAACGAGCACGAACGAAUUAAAGAGGUAGAGGAAAGGCGAAUUGUUUAUGUGGGUGGCUUAUCGGCGUCUGCAUCCAAGGAAAAUUUAAGAAGGCGGUUCCAAGUAUUUGGACCGAUAACUAACGUCAGUAUCCACUUUAGAGAAUACGGCGAUAACUACGGUUUUGUUACAUACAUGUAUAAAACCGAUGCUUAUAAAGCGGUUGAGCAUGGUAACGAUGAUCCGUCAUUGCCAAAGUACGAUUUGAGUUUCGGUGGCCGACGAAUUUUCUGCAGAACUAAUUAUUCCGACUUAGAUAAUGUGCAGGAUGACAAAAUGUUUUCUUCUCAAGGCGAUGAUUCGUUCGACAGUCUAUUAAGAGAAGCUAAAGCCAAAUUGCGUAAAAGGAAGUCAUACUCGUGACCAGAAAAUUUCAUCUGUCUAGUUUUUCGUUUUUUUUAACAUUCUAGUUACAUUUUUUAUUUUUUUUUUAACUUGAAGCCAACUGAUUUAUUUAAUUAUGGAACUAGUUGUGAUAUCAUGAUUGAAGCUACGCAGGUUGCCAGACACUACCUUGUUUUUUGUUCUAACUAUUAUGUGCUGUAUUCAAUUUUACUUUAAUAAAUUGACAGUUACAUGUUA